AUGCCUUACUUGUUCCCUCCAGAAGGGAGAGUGACUCUUCAAAUAUUUGCAAAUUUGGGUUUCAUGCUUCACUUCUUCAUACUAGGAGUUCAGUUGAAUGCAAACUUACUGAAAAAGGUAGGAACUAAUGCUGCACUAAUAGGGAGCCUGGCUUUUGCUAUGCCUUAUGUUAUUGGUGGCUUGUCCUACUUGACCAUGCGCUCCCUAAUGCCUAUGGACCAGACAUUAAGAACUGGCCUUGUAGUGGUAGUGACAGCGAAUUCCCUUUCUUCCUUUCCUGUUAUUAUCAGCCUCCUUUCUGAGUUAAAUAUUCUCAAUUCGGAACUGGGACGCUUAGCCAUCUACACCUCGAUGGUCAGUGAUUUGUGCUGCGUGUGUAUGGCUACAACUUUGACAACAGUUGGUGCGCUCCGCGAACACUCCAAAUGGAAUUCGUUAUCAUCUAUGUUCUGGAUGGUCUUCUUUGUUUUUGUUGUUCUUUUUGUUUUGCGGCCUUUCAUACUAUGGUUAACCAAAAAAACCCCAGAAGGACAACAGUUGGAGGAGUUUCACUUCUUUGUCAUUCUUGUACUUGUCUUUGGGUGUGCCUUCUGUAGCCAGUAUCUUGGCCGGCAACCUGCAUUUGGCCCUUUAUUGUUGGGCAUUGUCUUGCCCGAAGGACCACCGAUAGCGACAACCGUGGUAAAGAAGCUCGACACCAUCACAAAUGGGCUGUUCAUUCCCGUUUUCUUUGCGAUUAGUGGCUUGACUACAGACUUAAUGGCCUUCCGAGGACGGAGAGCUUUGGCCAUAACCGAGUUAGUCAUCAUUAUGGGAUAUGUAGGGAAGUUCGUGGGCACACUUCUGCCUGCACUUUAUUUCGGAGUUCCUUUCCGGGAUGCUACAUCUCUUGCUCUAAUCAUGUGUUGCAAAGGCAUCAUCGAUGUUGCUAUAUAUAAUGCAUGGAGGGACGGCAAGAUCAUGGAUGACCUUUGCUUUGGCCUUCUCUUAAUUACGAUGCUGAUUGUAACCGGCAUUGCCAGAAUUAUGGUAGGUCGUCUCUACGAUCCAUCGAGGAGGUACACAGCCUACGGGAGAAGGACCAUUCUCAACUCUAGCAACAACAGCAGGCUCCGGAUUUUGGUCUGUAUCCAAAACGAAGAACAUGUCCCGGGCCUCAUAAACCUCCUUGAAGCCUCUAAUCCCACAAGGUUCAAUCCCAUUACAGUCUUCGUUCUACAAUUGAGUGAACUCACUGGCCAUGCAGUCGCUUCGCUUGUUCCCCACUACCAUCUGAAGAAAGUUACAUCUCAGGCCACCAGUUCUGAACACAUUAUCAACGCCUUCAACAGAUAUGAGCAGCGCCAACAAGGGAGUGCUCUGGUGCAGCACUUCAAUGCAAUUGCGCCGUAUUCAAGUAUGCAUGACGACGUAUGCAGUUUGGCACUGGACAAGAGUACCACCAUUGUAAUCCUUCCUUACCACAAGCAAUGGACAAUAUUUGGAUCAGUGGGAGCAACAAACCGUUCCAUUAAAUAUGUCAACGGCAAAAUCAUGAACAAGGCUCCUUGCUCUGUUGGCUUCCUGAUUGACCGCGGCCAACUAGGUGGUAACCCCUCUCUCGUAAUAGGGAAGACAUUUUAUCGUAUUGCCUUACUCUUCUUCGGCGGUGUGGAUGAUUUGGAGGCACUUGCCUAUGGCAGACGCAUGGCUGAGCAUCCGAAUAUCAGCUUCACACUGGUUCGAUUCAAACACGAAACAGUGCACACCAAAAAGGGGGAGAUUAAUCCUGAACACGAACUGUUACGUGAGUACACGAUCAGUGCAGCAAUGAGCAAGGAGAAAAACCAGUACAGAGAGGAGACUGUGAAAGACGGGUCUGAAACUACGCAGAUAAUACGUUCUAUGGAGGAUGGUUUUGAUUUGGUGAUUGUGGGUUGCCACCAUGAUCCAGAGUCACCACUUUUAUCAGGCCUAAUGAAUGCAGAUUGGGUGGAGUGCCCUGAGCUUGGGGUCAUCGGAGACACUCUAGCCGCUACAGAUUUUACAUUUUCAGUUUUGGUGGUGCAGCAACAGCCACCAACAUCCACUUGCAGCAGAUCAGUACAAUCGCGUGUCUUUCCUGCUUCCUUUGAUGAUGAAGGAGAUUGUCCACCACCUCACUCUACAAAUCCAAUAAGUAGUGAUGAGUCAAAAAGAUGCCCAGUCUAGCAUGUCCUUCACUUUCAGAGUAGUGUUUUUCUGUAGAAAUAGGAGGUCUGCUUUUGUUUUUAUCAAACAAAGUGUAUAUUGUUUUAGCACCAAGAGUUCUUCUAUGUA